AUGGUACCACAAAUACUAACACAUAGAGGGGGCUUGUUACCCGAAGUCAACCAAGAUAAUGUUCGUGAUGUAAUUCAAGAUGUCAAUGAAGAGGUGAUGGAGAAUGAUGAUGAAGAAGAGACUGAUGAUGAAGAAGAGCAAGGAAAUGAAGGGGUUGAACAAAAAAGAGAAGAUGUUGAGAAUGUAGACGAAGAAGAACUAGGAUCUGACAAAGAAGGAGAAGGACAAGAGGAGGAAGACGAUGAAGAGGCGGAGACGAUGAAGAGGAGGAAGAGGAUGGACCCAACUUAUGGUACUCCAAAUGAUGGAGGGGCAACAUUGUUUGGGUACAAACACUCAUGGGCUGCGAAGAUCUAUGCGUCAAAGGAUCAUAAGGAUGCAGUUCAUGUUACUAAACGUCAAAAGGCGUCCAAAUGGGAUCUUUAUAAGGAGUGUGCCGAGUUUCAAGCGAAGGUUAAAGAAUGUGUGUUAUACAAAGCUACUGAGUUAGCACAUGCUGAUUUUGACGUUGUUGCCGUAUCCGCAUUUCUCGAGAGGCAUUAUCCUGAGACAUAUACAAUGCAUCUUCUAUUCGGCGAGAUGGCAAUUACUCCCGAUGAUUGCCAUCAUAUCACCGGCCUACCAUUGGAAGGUAAAUGUCUUCGAGAAGGCUACAACCUCUCGAUGAGUUAUGAAGCUCUUGAAGCAUUGGCUCAAAAAUUUCUAGGAUGGGAUGCAAGAAAGUCUCAAUGUGAGUUUAGACGUUCAGUGAGGUCCCCUAAAAAAGGCGAUGAGUAUAAUGCAUAUGAGGCAAAUGGAGCAAAAAAGAAGACGGUGAAGAAAUUCAAGUUGGUUAAGUUGAAGGCAGCAUUUUCUGAGAUCAAAAAGAAGGUGGAGAAAGAAAAGUUGGUGAUGGACGCGGAGACCCUUAGGCAUCAUGUCACCGCUUAUUGGUUAUAA